AAGACUGUAAAAGAUGGGGUUCAGUUAUAUAUAAACUAACAGCCCGAGAUGGAAUCAAUAAGCGACAUUAUUCCAGCUCCAGGUGUAACAUAGCAAAUGGCUGAUGUUCCAGAAGCGCCCGUAUUCAACAUCCCGGAGGUGAAAUUGAGCUCCUCCUCCGGCCACCGAAACAUGCCCGUGAUUGGAAUGGGCACGAUGGCAGACCCCUUUGAUGAAACAGCUUUGAAAGAGGCAGUCCUGGAGGCUAUCAGGGUUGGUUACAGGCACUUUGACACUGCCUCGCUGUACAGGUCCGAGAAGCCCUUGGGAGAAGCUUUAGCAGAAGCACUUAAACUUGGCCUUAUCGCAUCUCGGGAAGAACUAUUCAUCACUUCCAAGCUGUGGUGCACUGAUGCUCAUGCUGAUCUUGUUGUUCCUGCUCUCAAGAAUUCUUUGAGGAUGCUUCAGUUGGAAUACCUGGACCUUUACCUCAUUCACUGGCCUCUGAGCGCUAAACCUGGAAAAAUUGGAUUCCCGGUACCAAAAGAGGAACAACUAGCAAUGAAUUUCAAGUCAGUCUGGGCAGCCAUGGAAGAGUGCCAGAGGUUUGGCCUCACAAAAUCUAUUGGACUCAGUAACUUCUCCUGCAAGAAGCUUGGAAACAUACUCUCCUUUGCUACCAUCCCCCCGUCAGUGAAUCAAGUUGAGAUUAGCCCUCUCUGGCAACAGCAGAGGCUCAGAGAGUUGUGCAAGGCCAAAGAUGUUAUUGUAACUGCUUACUCUCCUCUGGGAGCAAAAGGGACCCGCUGGGGCACUGAUGAAGUUAUGGAAAAUGAAACACUGAAGGAGAUCGCUAAAGCUCAUGAGAAGACCGUUGCUCAGAUUUGUCUAAGGUGGGCAUUUGAGCAAGGGGUAACUUUUGUGGUUAAGAGCUUCAACAAAGAAAGGAUGAAGGAGAACCUGCAGAUCUUUGACUGGGCAUUAUCAAAGGACGAUUAUAAGAAACUCAAUGAAAUUCGGCAGCACAGAUUAAUGCCUAAACUGGAAAUGGUCUCACCUCAUGGACCUUUCAAGUCCCUGGAAGAACUGUGGGAUGGGGAGAUUUAAGCUUUAGCUAUCCUUGCUAUGGUUGCAGUGAUUUUUGCUGCUAAAUUUAUCAUUUGUAGUAGUGCACUGCUGUUAUACUUGUCUUCAGUUGAGCCAGCCCAAACCUUCCUCUUUAAGUUUGAUCUUUGUCUAUUGGGAGUUGGACUUCCAACAUCCAAAUACUUGUGUUUGGUGGCCUGUCUCUAAGCCAUCCAGACUUAUGGUCAUGGCCUGUUCAGGAUUAAGUUUUCCCUCUCAGUGAACAUAUAGGAGACUGGGCCUUAGGACCACUUCGAUUA